AUGUUUAGAAAGAAAGCAAGUAAUACGGACAAAAAUACGAAUCGUAGGAAAAAACCAUGUAAUUUCACAGAAAAAGACUUACGUCAACCGCAAAUUUUAGAAGAACUAAUUGCCACACAACUUUCAGAAGAACUUAUGAAUAAGUUCAAAAUUAAUAAGAAAAAGAGGGAAAAGCUGCUUCAAUUUCAAGCAGAGUUUGUGAAAGAGGAGAAAAUUAAAGAGUUCAAACAUCGUCUUACGCCAUUAUACCCUCAAGUUCCCCGAAUGGACGAUUCCCAUAAAAAAAUUAGAGCCAAGGCGGAAUUGUGCCCUUCUACUCCUAUGUCCAUAUUUCAAGGGCGUUGUAUCACAAAUAAAGUUGCCGCUAGAGGUCUCGAAAAAAAAUUCCCAUGGGUUAUACCGAAGAUAAUGGAAGAAGCAAAAGAAGACUUCAUAAGAAUUACUCAUUUGGCUGGUGUGAACUUGAAAUCGAAGCCGAUCGAUCCUGAUAUAAAAAGAUUUGUUCUAGAACCUUACAAAUAUCUUGGAAAAACACCGAAUUAUUCGAUUUACCUUUGGACGAGAAAACAAUUUCGAACAAAAUACUUGCUGCAACAUCCGCUAGUGAAAAAGAUUUUCAUCGUCUGUUCAAAUCUACCUGAAAUAUUGUUCAAUCUCGGUAAUUUUAGGGUGAAACCGCAUACUUUAGAAGAGCUGGACGAUAUAUUUAAUCAUUUAGUUGGAGAUUCUGAGAACCUUUUAUUAAAAUUUUACGACAAAGUUUGUCAAAUAGUCGAAUCGGAUAAUAGUAAAUUGGAUCAAGAUAGUUACAAACAUCUUCUUAAAGUUUGUACAGGACUCGUUUCGGUUUAUAUGAGUUUACUUAUCCAAAAUACAAUAAAACAUAUCAUAGAAGUAACUAAAGACGAAAAUUUGAUACCGUAUCUACAGUUAUCUUUGAAAUAUAGCAAAAAUUUGUACAUGCAUCCCAAUCAACAGGACAUCAUUUUACUAUAUAGUCUUUUUAUUUCGAAAUUAGUCGAUUUGGGUACCAAUUUUCCCGUUCUUGAGGUACUGAAAAUAAAAAAUUAUCCGGAUAAAUUGACACAUUUGAAUAUUACCGACGAAUUUUACGAAGAAUCUUUAAAUCAGUUGGGGGAUAAUAUAAUUGCUAUGUUUAUACCUAUAGACGAAUAUCUUCGUAAUAUAGUCGAAGAUUUUAAGGAAAUGUUUUUGGAUUUUAAUAUGGAAGAAGAAAAUGAGAAAGUUUUCGAAACCGGAUGUUUGCAGAUACGCCAUUUCCGAAAUUAUAUAUCCAAGGCUAGUUCUAUGUUGGGGAGUGAAUAUUUCGGUAUAGGUCAAUUGGUAUUAUCGGAAUACGUGGCAUCUAUGAAAGAAUCAUUAUCGAUUAUCAUCGAAGAUAUUUUUAAUAAAAUAUGCGAGAUACAUAUAAAUGAAAACGAAAAUAUUUGUCUGGCUUUCGAAAAUAUCAGACAAGAUGCAUUACGCAAAUUACAUAACAGCGAAGAACUCAUUGCUCAAGGACAAUAUAUGGUUUGGGUGAAAACCGAAUUAUUGCUGGAAUUAAGAGAGAGAAUACAGAAAAUGCUGUACGAUCUUACACAGCUGAUGGAAUUUGGAACUAUUAAUAAAGACCAUAUGGAUUUAAAUACUACAACGGUCCUAUGGCUUCAAAAUAUUGAAACGAUCCUCGAACAUUAUUCAUUUAUGUAUGAACAGUUAAAAUUCGAAGCCGAAGAACGAUUACAGAAAACAAUAGCUUAUGUCAACGCCGAGACUAUCAUAUUACUGCCUUUGUUAAAAAUUUUGGAUGAUAUGGAUGAUUAUAAUAGAUGCAGAGAUUAUGUAUUCAAAAUCAAAUGUCAUUUGGUUAAGAUCAAAGAGCUUCGUUCGAAGAUUAUAUGGAUAAACAAAGAGCAACGCGUGCUUGGAUUCAAUGUGGCGCCGUUUAAGCAAAUAGAAGAUGUUGAAAAAUUCGUGUAUCCUUUUUUUCAUUUGAUUAAGAUGUGCAUGGACAUACAACGGCACAUAGAUGUCUGUUUAUAUGGUCCUUUUGAAUUUUUAGAUUUCUCGGUCACCGAAAAUGUUAUAGAAGAUUACAUGAAAGAGUUAUUAAAAAUACAGAAAGCGUAUAGAUUGAAAUGUAGACAGAUUUCCUCGAAUGACGAUGAAUUGCGGUUUUUCGGUUCAGUCGAUGAUCCCGAUACGAACGCGUGGCCUUCUCCGUUGAGAUUAACCGCGCAAGCGAUACAAGCUAUUAAAGAUUUUAGACCGGCGAUGACAAUGAUGCGGAUCAUGUGUAAUGACGCUUUAAUGAAAAGGCAUUGGAAGGAAAUGUCUUCUUUGGCUGGUUUCGAUCUCACCCCUAAUGCCGGUACUACCUUAUUCAAAUUGACUCAGAUGGGUUUGGAAGGGGAUCUUGAUAAAUACGAUGUAAUCAGUUCGGGAGCAACGAAAGAACGUGAACUAUAUAGAAACCUUCAAAAGAUACAAGCCGAAUGGCAAGAAAUCCUAUUUAAAGUAGGACAAUUCAAAGAAACUAACAUAAAUAUAUUGACGGCUUUGGAUGAUAUCCAAAUUAUUUUGGACGAUCACAUAUUGAAAGCUUUAACUAUGCGUGGUUCGAUUUUCGUCAAGCCGUACGAAACUGAAGUUCGAACUUUUUACGAUCGGCUUGUUAGAAUUAAUAGUACUUUAGAUGUAUGGGGAAAAGUGCAAAGUCAAUGGCUUUAUUUGUUACCCAUUUUUUCUUCGAAGGAUAUUGUGGCGCAAAUGCCGGAAGAAGGAAAUUUAUUUAAAGAGGUAAACGAUACUUAUAAAAGAUACAUGGAUGUGGUGACCAGAGAUCCGAGAGUUUAUGAAGCAGCUGGAGCUCCUGGAGUAUUAGAAACAAUGCAACACUGCAUCGAACUCCUCGACAAAAUCAACGACGGUGUCACUAAUUAUCUCGAGAGAAAAAGAUUGUUUUUCCCAAGAUUCUUUUUCUUAUCUAACGACGAGAUGUUGGAAAUACUUUCCGAAACUAAAGAUCCUCUUAGAGUUCAACCGCAUCUAAAGAAAUGUUUCGAAGCCAUUAAUAGAUUACAGUUUAACGAGAACUUGGAAAUUUUGGCGAUGUACAGUCAAGAAGAAGAGAAAGUCAAUUUUAAAAGUAUCGUUAAUACUAAAGACGCUGGAGGUAGCGUUGAAAAAUGGUUGGUUCUAGUAGAGGAACAGAUGAUUAUAUCGAUGAGAGAUCAAAUUCUGAGAAGUUUCAAAAACUAUUUCGUGUUAGCGAGAACCCAAUGGGUACAAAAAUGGCCAGGGCAAGUGGUAUUAUGUGUGUCUCAAAUGCAUUGGACGCAUAAGGUACAUUUGGCGUUAAAUAGAGAAGAAGAUAUGAAUGUUAAAACAUUUUUAGAAGAACUCAAAGAACAACUCCAAGACAUUGUUAAUCUGAUCAGAGAUCCUUCAUUAACUAAUCUAUCGAGGAUAACUAUAAAAGCGUUGAUAGUAAUAGACGUCCACGCUAAGGACGUGGUUGAUUCUCUGUUCAAAGAAAGAGUUACCAACGAUAGAGAAUUUAAAUGGUUAUCUCAGAUGCGAUAUUAUUUGGAAGACGAUGAAGCGUUGGUACGACUCAUCAACGCCACCGUCAAAUACGCUUACGAAUAUUUAGGUAAUUCGGAUCGAUUGGUAAUCACUCCGUUAACGGAUAGGUGUUAUAGAACUCUUAUUGGAGCUUACCACUUGCAUUUAAAUGGAGCCCCGGAAGGACCAGCUGGUACUGGUAAAACAGAAACUACAAAAGAUUUGGCUAAAGCUCUGGCAGUGCAAUGUGUGGUGUUCAAUUGUUCCGAUGGACUAGAUUACAAAGCUAUGGGGAAAUUUUUUAAAGGUCUUGCUUCUUGCGGCGCGUGGGUUUGCUUCGACGAAUUCAACAGAAUAGACAUCGAAGUAUUAUCCGUGGUAGCUCAACAGAUAUUAUUAAUAAUAACCGCUGUUAGAGCACACGCAGCUAAAUUCAAUUUCGAGGGAACGGAAAUAAAAUUAAAUCCAACUUGUUACGUUUGUAUAACUAUGAAUCCUGGUUAUGCAGGCAGAACAGAACUACCGGAUAAUUUGAAGGUGUUGUUUCGAACUGUAGCCAUGAUGGUACCAGAUUACGCGAUGAUUGGAGAAAUUUCUUUAUAUUCGUAUGGGUUUGUAGACGCGAGGAAUUUGUCUGUGAAAAUCGUUACUGUAUAUAGGUUAUGUUCGGAACAAUUGUCGUCACAAAAUCAUUACGAUUACGGAAUGAGAGCUGUGAAGUCGGUACUUUCUGCAGCGGGUAAUAACAAAAGAAAAUUUCCCGAUCUAGAAGAAGACAUAUUGCUGUUACGCGCCAUUUUAGACGUAAAUUUGCCAAAAUUUUUAAAUCAAGAUUUACCUUUAUUCGACGGUAUUAUAAGUGAUUUGUUUCCGGGAGUCGUUUUACCGGAAGCCGAUUAUACUAAAUUAGUGGAAUGCAUGAAAAUAUGUUGCGAAAAACGGAAAUUAAUACCGAAAGAUUGUGUUAUAACCAAAGUGAUUCAAACUUACGAAAUGAUGAUAGUUCGAUGGGGGUUCAUGAUAGUCGGUUACCCAUUAGCUGGUAAAACUUCGACGUUGAGAGUUUUGGCAGAUACCCUUACGCUAAUGAACAAACAAGGUCUUCCCGAAGAGAAAGUGGAAAUGCUUACCAUGAAUCCAAAAGCCAUUACAAUGGGACAAUUGUACGGUCAAUUCGACCCGGUAUCCUACGAGUGGUUCGAUGGCGUUAUAGCCACAGGAUUUAGAAAUUUUUGCACAAAUCCCAGUCCACAUAGAAAAUGGAUGAUAUUCGAUGGACCCGUAGACGCCGUUUGGAUUGAAAAUAUGAAUAGUGUUUUAGACGACAAUAGAAAACUAUGUUUGAUGUCAGGGGAAGUUAUGUCGAUGACAAGUUCGAUGUCUCUUAUAUUUGAGGUCAUGGAUCUGGAACAAGCGUCUCCUGCAACGGUUUCUCGUUGCGGAAUGAUCUAUAUGGAACCGGUAACACUAGGUUGGGAACCUUUCGUCGAAUCGUGGUUACCAACUUGUAAUCCGAUAUGGUGCGGCCCCGAGAAAAAAGAUUUCAUUCACGACAUGCUAUAUUGGAUCAUACCGCCGUCGUUGAUGUUUAUAAGAAAAAAUUGUAUACAAUUUUGUAAUCCUGGAGAGAUCAGUCUGGUUCUAAAUAUGAUAAAUAUAUUUCAAAUGCAUAUGGACGACGCCGUUACUGAAAAUCCCAAACGAGAAGAUCAAGUUAAAUAUUUGGAUAUAUGGACGCAAGUUGCAUUGAUUCAAUCUGGUGUUUGGGGUGUAGCUUCAAUUCUCGAUCAAGAUUCAAGGGAUAAAUUCGACGAGUUUUAUAGGGAAUUGUGGAGAGGUGAAAAUGAAAAAUGGCCAUAUCCCGCCUGCUUGGAAAAACUUGAGGUAUCCAUUCCCGCUGAAGGUAUAAUUUUCGAUUACAGCUACAGUUACAAAAUGAAAGGAAAUUGGAAAUUUUGGCCGGCGGUCGUGAAAACCGAAAGAGUCGAUGAGUGUAAAAAUAUCAUGCAAGCACUUAUACCUACCGUUGAUACGGCCAGAUACAUGUUAUUGGUUGACAUGCACAUAAGAUACGGGAAACCUUGCCUUUUAAUAGGACCGACGGGAACCGGGAAGUCGUUCUACAUAACUGACGUAUUAUUGAAUAGAUUAAACAAAGAAAAAUAUGAACCGGCCUUUAUAACAUUCACUGUUCAAAUAACUUGUAAUCAAACUCAAGAAUUGGUUAUAUCUAAAUUGAAUAAAAGAAAACGCGGUCAUUAUGGACCUCCCAAAGGGAAAACUACCAUACUUUUUAUCGACGAUGUUAAUAUGCCCGCGAAAGAGGGUUAUGGUGCGCAGCCCCCCUUGGAGCUAUUACGACAAUAUUUCGAUCAUAAAAACUGGUAUGAUUUAAAAACUACGGAACCUCUCUAUUUGCACGACUUGAUGUUUUUGGGUGCGAUGGGUUUAGUAGGAGGUAGCCGACAAGAUAUUUACCCGAGAUUCUUAAGACAUUUCAGUAUUUUCUCCAUAAACGAAUUCAGUCGUGAAAGCAUGGCUAAGAUAUAUAGUAACGUAUUGUUAUUGGGUUGGAAAAAUAACGGAUUUCCUUCUGAAAUUAUUAACGUCGUAAAUCAAGUAGUGAACGCUAGUUUGGAUAUGUUCACGGCAGCACAGGAGAACCUUCGACCGACACCUUCGAAAAGUCAUUACAUUUUUAACCUACGAGAUUUUUCAAGGCUCAUUCAAGGUUGUGCGAUGCUCAAAAAAGAAUCUGCCGACGAUAAAAAAAUAUUCGCGAAAAUUUGGGUACACGAAAUACUGAGAAUAUUCUAUGAUCGAUUAAUUGAAGACAAAGAUAGAAUAUGGGUAUAUGAAAAAGUGAGACAAUCUGCUAAAGAUUCCUUUAGAGAACACUUCGAUAUGCUUUUCGAAAAUUUGAAAAACGAAGAAGGUGUGGUUACCAGAGAUGGUUUGAAGAAAUUAAUUUUCGGUACGUUUUUCGACCAAGAUUCCGAUGAAGAUAAACGAUAUGAAGAGAUUUUGAACAUCGAGGCGCUGAGAGAACUAUCGGUGAACGCUUUGUACGAAUUUAACGCCACGCAUAAAACCAAAAUGGAUAUCGUAUUAUUCGAUUACGCGUUAGAGCAUCUGUCCAAAAUCGGCAGGGUUCUAUCCAUGAGAUGCGGUAGCGCUUUAUUAGUUGGUAUAAGCGGUUCGGGAAGACAGUCCUUAACCCGACUCGCAGGAGAAUUAUACGGUUACGGCGUUCAUCAAGCAGAAAUUACCAACAAUUAUUCCAUCAGCGAUUGGCGGGAUGAUAUUAAAAAAGUUCUCAAAGAAUCGGGUGGUAAAGGAAAGGAUUUCAUAUUUUUAAUAGGCGAAGGACAAAUAAAAGAAGAAUUUUUUCUACAAGACGUAGAUUGUUUGCUAAACUCAGGUGAAGUUCCCAAUAUGUACCAAAUCGAUGAAAAACAAGAAAUUUUGGAUAUGGUACGGUUAGCUGCGCAAGGAGGGAACAGAAAUCUCGAAGUCAGUCCAUUGGAAGUGUUCUUCUUUUUCACGAAACGUUGCAAAGAAAAACUGCACAUCAUUUUAUGUUUCAGUCCAGUAGGAUCGGCCUUUAGAAACAGACUGAGAUUAUUUCCCGCUUUGAUAAAUUGUUGUACUAUAGAUUGGUUCGAAGAUUGGCCAGAACAAGCUUUGGAAGAGGUUGCUCAUACGUGGAUGGAAGAUAUAAAUUUAUCAGAUGAGAUCAAAGGAACUAGCGUGAUUGCGUGUAAAUAUUUCCACGUGGAAGCCAGAAAGGCGUCAAUGGAAUUUUAUGAAGCAGUUAGCAGACGCACGUAUAUCACUUCAGCAUCAUAUUUGGAGUUAAUCAAAUCAUUUACCGAUUUAACCAAUAGAAAACAAGAUGAGAUUAUGAAAGCUAAGAAAAGAUACUUGGGUGGAUUAGAAAAAUUGUACCAUGCGUCAGUUAGUAUAGGUGAGAUGCAGAAAUCUUUGGCCGCUUUGCAGCCUCAAUUGGAAAUUAUGAGUAAACAAGCGGCUGAUAUGCUGCAAAAAAUCGAGCAAGAAAGUAUCACUGUCGAACAAGCUUCGGCUGUAGUGAAACAAGACGAAAAAGUUGCCAAUAAACAAGCUGCACAAGCUCAAGCUUUGAAACUGGAAUGCGAAGCGGAUUUGGCGGAAGCUAUGCCAGUUUUAGAAGAGGCUAUUGGCGCUUUGGAUACUUUGAAACCAUCGGAUAUAGUGUUGGUGAAGUCUAUGAAGAAUCCACCUGAAGUGAUUAAAUUAGUUAUGGCGGCUGUUUGUAUUAUCAAAGGGAUUAAACCGGAUAGAGUACCGGAACCUGGUACUGGUAGAAUGGUAUUAGACUUUUGGGGACCAAGCAAAAGACUUUUAGGUGACAUGAAUUUCUUGCAAUCACUAAAAGAUUUCGAUAAAGAUAAUAUAAAACCUGACGCUAUGGCGAAAAUACGUAAAGAGUUCAUUCCCCAUAAAGAUUUUAAACCCAAUAUUGUCGCUAAAGCUUCCAGUGCAGCAGAGGGUCUGUGCAAAUGGAUCAUAGCUAUGGAUAUGUAUGAUAAAGUAUACAAGGUAGUGGCACCCAAGAAAGCAAAAUUAAAAGCCGCCGAGGAAGAAUUUAGCAUGAUGAUGACGAUGUUGAUAGAGAAACGUGCACAAGUUGAAAAACUAGAAGAACAAUUGGCUGUUUUAAGGGAAAAAUUGGAGGUAGCUCAAAAAAAGCAACAAGAAUUACAAGAUGAAGUCGAUCUGUGCAAUAAUAAAUUGAUACGAGCUAAAAAGCUUAUUGGUGGCCUUGGUGGUGAAAAAACCCGAUGGACUGCGGCAGCUGAAGCUCUCCAAUUACAGUUCGACGGUUUAGCAGGCGAUAUAUUAAUGUCUUGUGGUAUAAUAUCGUAUUUAUCACCGUUCAAUAACGCAUUCAGAGUUCGUUUGGUACAAGAUUGGCAUCGUCAGAUCAAAAAUUUGAACAUACCGACCAUGCAAAUUUUCGAAAUGACUUCAGUUUUAGGAUCUGACGUUACGAUACAACAUUGGAAUAUAAAUGGACUUCCUCGUGAUACAUUUUCAACUGAAAACGGUAUCAUAAUGGAUAAUUCAAGAAGAUGGUCGCUAUUCAUCGAUCCCCAAGUACAAGCCGCGAAUUGGAUCAAGAAAAUGGAGAAACGAAACAAUCUGUUGGUGGUGAAAUUUUCUUUUCCGGAUUAUAUGAAACGCGUCGAAACUUGCAUCCAAAACGGCUAUCCCGUUUUAAUCGAAAAUGUCGAAGAAACUCUAGAAGCACCUUUAGACCCAGUACUAUACAAACAAACUUUCAAACAAGCCGGUAUGCUGGUUAUAGCUCUAGGAGAAAAUGUCGUCGAAUAUAAUACUAAUUUUAAAUUAUAUUUAACGUCGAAAUUAAGAAAUCCCCAUUAUUUACCGGAAGUAUUUAAUAAGGUUACCAUUAUAAAUUUCGCUCUCACUUUGGAAGGACUACAAGAUCAGCUGUUAGGUAUAGUCGUUGCAGUUGAAAAACCGGACUUGCAGCAACUAAAAGAAGAAUUGACAGUACAAAAAGCCGAUAAUAAAAGAGCCCUAAAAGAAACGGAAGAUAAUAUAUUAAAAACUUUAUCAGAAACGAAAGGAGAUAUUUUAGAAGACGAAAAAGCGAUACAAAUAUUAGACGAAUCGAAAAUAUUGUCGACCGAGAUAAUGGAGAAGCAAGAAAGAUCGAUUAUAAUCGAGAAAUCGAUAGAAGAAUUCAGGGAUAAAUACAAAAUCGUUUCCGAGCAUUCCGCUGUGCUUUAUUAUUGCAUAUCCGAUUUAGCUAACGUUGAUCCGAUGUAUCAAUAUUCAUUAGACUGGUUUAUAAAUCUCUAUAUCGGAUCUAUUCAGAGAGCCGAGAAGUUUAAAAUAAUCGAAAAGAGAUGUCAGUGUCUUAUCAACGCGUUCACUUUCGAUUUGUACAGUAAUAUAACUAGAUCGCUUUUUGAAAAGGACAAAUUGCUGUUUUCGUUCCUCUUGUGUUCAAAGAUCAUGAUAGCGCAGGGCCGACUGGACGAGAAAGAAUUUUUAUUUGUUUUAACAGGUGGGGUCGGUGGUGAAAGUGAUAAGAAAAAUCCCUGUUCAUCUUGGUUGCCAGACAAAUCCUGGAAGGAAAUUUGUAAAGUGGAAAACAUUCCCUCAUUUAAAGGAUUUUCUAAAUCGAUUGUCGAUUAUCAAUCGAUAUGGAAAGAAAUCUACGACAACUUCACCGAUAAUUUCAACGUACCGCACGAUUGGGAAGAAAGAUUAACUAGUUUCAGAAGAUUGAUAGUGAUUAGAAUACUUCGGGCCGAUCGUUUGAUCAAUUCCAUUACGAAUUUUGUGAAAAACGAAAUGGACGAUAGAUUUAUCAAACCGCCGCCUUUCAAUAUAUCCGUCUCGUACGGCGAUUCCUACAAUCUAUGUCCUUUGAUAUUCAUAUUAUCUCCUGGAGUUGAUCCGAUGAGUGCUUUGGUUAAGUUUGCUGGAGAUAAAAAAAUGGCCGAUAAAUUUAAAUCAAUAUCGCUUGGACAAGGUCAAGGACCAGUUGCUCAAGCGAUGAUACAAGAAGGCGUGGAAAUUGGUACCUGGGUUUGUCUUCAAAAUUGCCAUUUGGCGACGUCGUGGAUGCCUACUUUGGAAAAAAUUUUCGACGAUUUAGAUUUCGAUACACAUCCAGAGUUUAGAUUAUGGUUAACCAGUUACCCAUCUAAUAAAUUUCCCGUUACACUUUUACAAAAAGGAGUUAAAAUGACCAACGAACCUCCUACUGGUCUACAGAAUAAUCUACUCAAAUCCUAUAUUAGCGAUCCCGUUAAAAAUCCAGAAUUUUUCAAAGGUUGUGUGGAUCACGACGAAAUGUUCAUUAGAUUAUUAUACGGUUUAGCCUUUUUUCAUGCUUGUAUUCAAGAAAGACGAACUUUUGGACCGUUGGGUUGGAACAUUGCUUAUGGUUUCAACGAUUCCGAUUUCGACAUAUCGGUUCAACAAUUACAGAUGUUCAUAAACGAAAGCGACGAUCCUUACGAAGCUUUAUCAUAUUUGAUAGGGGAAUGUAACUACGGAGGAAGAGUAACCGACGAUUGGGAUAGGAGGUUGAUUGUUACGAUACUGAGAGAUUAUCUCAAUCCUAAAGUGGUAUCCGAGAAAAAUUACUCGUUCAGCGACGCAGGUAGUUGUUAUGGAUUACCGGAAAAGAACGAUUACCAAGCUUACAUUCAUCACAUCAAUUCUCUACCUGUGAUGCACCCGCCCGAAGUGUUCGGUUUACAUACCAACGCGGGUAUUACCAGAGACCUUCAAAAUUCCAAUUUGCUUCUUAAUUCGGUGUUGAAAGCUUACGGGGACGUUUCGGCUGGAGGCGCCGGUGAAACGGAUAAACAUAUAAUGUCGUUAUGUUCAGAUAUUCUAGGGAAAUUACCGAAACUAUUUGAUAUAGAACUCGCUAAUGUGAAAUAUCCUGUGGAUUAUUCGGAAUCCAUGAACACUGUACUCGUACAAGAAAUGGAACGUUUCAAUAAGUUGCUAAAAGUUAUUGUGGCUACAUUGAUAACAAUGCAAAAAGCGAUACAAGGGCUUGUAGCGAUGUCCCCAGAAACUGAAGCUUUCGCGUCUUCAUUAUUAUUGGCUAGAAUUCCAGGUAAAUGGGCGGGAGUUUCUUAUCCAAGCUUGAAGAAUCUCCCUAAUUAUGUGGCUGAUUUUAUCGCUAGAAUAGAUUUUUUGCAACAAUGGUUUAUAUCAGGUAAACCUCCAUGUUACUGGGUCUCAGGAUUUUUCUUCACUCAAGCUUUCCUAACUGGAGUGAAACAAAAUUAUGCCAGAAAAUAUACCAUCGCCAUUGAUAAAUUGACGUUUGAUUUCAACAUAUUAAAAAUCGAUUCGUCUAAAACCCCACCGAACGACGGCGCUUAUAUUUACGGUUUAUUCACCGAUGGAGCUAGAUGGGACAAACAAAAUGGUAAAUUAGCCGAAUUAUAUCCGAAAGUAUUGUUCGACAUCAUGCCCAUUAUUUGGAUAAUACCGAUACUCACUGAAUCGUAUUCGCCAGGUGUCAGAUACGUGUCCCCAGUUUAUAAAACUUCUGAAAGGAAAGGAACAUUAUCGACAACAGGACAUUCGACAAAUUACGUUCUUCCGGUUUUACUGGAUACUGAUUUACCUGCUACACAUUGGAUAAAAAGAAGCGUGGCUCUACUUUGUCAAUUAAAUUGA